AUGGCUGUACAAAAUGCCUUUGAGCAAAAAAAGAGGGCAAUUCUAAGUGAAAUAGACUCGACCCAGCCUGAUUUGUCACCUAAAGGGUCCAUCGAUGCACUGUGCCUUCCAAUCAUCGAGCUYAUCAAUACCAGUGAUGACAUGGUAACUACUUCAUCUUGCUCUGGUAGAGUUAGUGUGUUUUUGGAAGGUACAAAGUCAUAUAAUGGAGAGGUGAAGAUAGGCGGUAAAGGUCAAGGUGGCAAGUGGCUAUAUGUCACUCACGACCAUGAAAAGGUUGUUGGCUGGCUGGACGAGUUGAUGUCAAAGAAUGAGUAUGCUCUUGAAACAUGUGGCAAGCAUAUACCAUCCGAACAAAUUACGGGAACUACUAGAUAUAUUUUGUAUAAAUAUGAGCCGUUCAUAUUGCAUGUCAAAUGUAGAGACUUCCAGAUAGCUUCGAAGCUCUAUAACGCUGCAAUGUCUUGUGGCUUCAGAGAAAGUGGGAUUGGGUCAAAUAAUCUCGUUGCAAUCAGAAUAAACAUUAAACUGGAUGUGCCAAUCGGUUAUUUGGAUGAGAGUUCAGAAACUUUGAUGUUGUUUGUUAGCCCAGAAUAUGUAAGUAUUUUGGAUUCUUUAUCGUUAAGCAAAUUUGAUGAGAAUGCUAGAAAAAUGCAAACAUUGUAUGAUAAAAUCGACAAUGAACUUAUAAACUGCAUACCGGCUCCAAAUGCCAAGACUGAAGUAGCAUUAGCUGAAACAAAAGAAGAAAGAAGAGAACGAAAAAAAAAGGAAGGUAUGGAAAGACAACGUCAAUUAAAAAGCACACAAAAUCAACUCUAA